GGUGGUGAGUGGAGAUCAGAGCACACGAAACAGCCAGUCACUCCUGACAAAUGGGUCGGUCUGCUUCCAGCCAACGGGCGGCCGUGCACCCAGCCUUCACAGCAGCCCCAGCUGGGAAUGCCGAGGGUCUCCUCGCUGACUUGCUACUUCCUACAUGUUCUCGGAUCCCUGACGGUGGUCUUUGAAACAGUGAUUAUUUGCGAGGAAUUGGAAUUCCAAGGCUUUUCAAUUCCUCAGUGCUGGAAUUUUUCACGGUUAGCGUGAACCACACGUCCGCUAGCCUCCACCACAGCACCCCCUGCUGCCCACAGCCGAGAUACGCAUGACCAGAGCGAGGUGAGAUAAAGACUACAACUCCCAUGAGGACAAGGGCUUGCGGUGAUGUCACUACGGAGCGCGGGUCGGCCUUCGAAACGCACAGCUUCCCCAUUGGCGGACUGUAGCAGGCGCCUGCGCAGCCGAUUCAGCACCCGCCCGGGCACAGUUACGCGCUUGCGCCAGUAGAGCGAACCUGGGAGAGGGAUGGAGACGCCGGGUGCGUCGGCGGGGGCCUUGUUGCUCCCGGCCGUGUCGCGGCCCCGCAGGAAGCGCGCUGCGGGGGAGGCCGAGACUACGACCAGCAAGCAACGGGUCCUGGACGAGGAAGAAUACAUCGAGGGCCUCCAGACUGUCAUUCAGAGGGACUUCUUUCCUGAUGUGGAGAAGCUGCAGGCCCAGAAGGAGUACUUGGAGGCCGAGGAGAAUGGAGACUUGGAGCGGAUGCGCCAGAUCGCCAUCAAGUUCGGCUCUGCCCUGGGCAAGGUGUCCCGAGAGCCCCCACCGCCCUAUGUGACUCCAGCCACCUUUGAAACCCCUGAGGUGCACACAGGCGCCGGAGUGGUGGGCAGCAAGCCCCAAAGCCGGGGCCAAGGCGUGGAGGACGGUGAUGGAGAGGCUGGAGAGGAGGAGGAGAAGGAGCCCCUGCCCAGCCUGGAUGCCUUCUUGAGCCGGUACACAAGUGAGGACAACGCGUCCUUCCAGGAGAUCAUGGAGGUGGCCAGGGAGAAAAGCCGGGCUCGCCACACCUGGCUGUACGAGGCCGAGGAGGAGUUUGAGAAGAGGCAGAAGGAUAAUCUUGAACUCCCAUCAGCAGAGCACCAAGCCAUUGAGAGCAGCCAGGCUGGCGUGGAGACCUGGAAGUACAAGGCCAAGAACUCCCUCAUGUACUACCCCGAAGGUGUCCCUGAUGAAGAGCAGUUAUUUAAGAAGUCCCGGCAGGUGGUGCAUAAGAACACUCGCUUCCUCACGGAUCCAUUCAGCCAGGCCCUGAGCAGGUCCCAGCUGCAGCAGGCAGCUGCCCUCAAUGCCCAGCACAAACAGGGCAAGGUGGGCCCUGACGGCAAGGAGCUCAUCCCCCAGGAGUCCCCCAGAGUGGGCGGAUUCGGAUUCGUUGCCACCCCCUCUCCUGCCCCUGGUGUGGACGAGUCCCCACUGAUGACCUGGGGAGAGGUCGAGAACACGCCCUUGAGAGUGGAAGGAUCUGAAACCCCCUACGUGGACCGGACGCCGGGGCCAGCCUUCAAGAUCCUGGAGCCAGGCCGCAGGGAGCGGCUGGGGCUGAAGAUGGCCAAUGAGGCCGCCGCCAAGAACCGGGCCAAGAAGCAGGAGGCCCUGCGGAAAGUGACAGAGAACCUAGCCAGCCUCAGCCCCAAAGGCCUGAGCCCAGCCAUGUCCCCAGCCCUGCAGCGCCUCGUGAGCAGGACGGCCAGCAAGUACACAGACCGAGCCCUGCGGGCCAGCUACACACCAUCCCCAGCGCGCUCCACUCACCUCAAGACCCCAGCCGGUGGGCCUCACACGCCCACAAGCACACCGGCCCCCGGUUCUGCCACCCGCACACCCCUCAGCCAGGACCCAGCCUCCAUCACGGAUGACCUUCUGCAGCUCCCUGCCCGGCGCAAAGCCUCCGACUUCUUCUAGGGCCGGGCCCGGGCUGGGCCUGUGGAAGCUUUGCGGAGCCUGCAGGGCAGCUGCCCACCCAGCAGAGGACUCCAGCCUUCUGGGGACCCAGGCCCGGGCCAAAAGCGGUGACUGUCCCGGGAGCCCCAGAAGAAAGGUGCUGUGCCGCAGCCGGGCUGGCGCAGGCCUCGCCCCACAGCCCUGGAGGUGCACCCCGGCGCCUUGGUGAUACUGAUCCCUACCAACCCCGCCUGUUUCCCCUUGACUUUCAUUAAAGAGCGCCUGGCACAUUAGAGAGCUGGACCCUCCCCAUCCUGCUGCCCAUGGCCCUGAGGCUGCCUGCAUGCCUGCCCCGGGGUGUCAGGACGGCGGGCUUCCCAGGAGGAGCUGCUGGCCGCAGUGGCCCUUGAAAGCCGGUUGGCCUGGCUUUUCCACUGUGACCUGCACUGCGCUCUGUGGCACGGUGGGGGCUUGGAACCAGCCUUCCGAGCUGAGCUCAUAGCUCACUGGUUCCCCCCCGCAGCCUGUCCACGUGGGGCAGGGGUGAAGCCCCUGGAGGUUGUGCCCCUGGGCUCAGGCCUGUGGCCUCCCUAGCCAGCUGUUUUGCCAGCUGUAUGGGGCUGCCCAGGUCUCUAUGCAGGCCACACCCCCACAUGAGGUGCCUUCCCCGUGGCCCCCCAUCACCUCCAGGCACCUGGCUGCAGGUUGGGAGGGUGGCAGGGUGUCUCCAUCCACCAGCCCUUCUCCCCGUGCUCCGGGCACCAGCCUCCAGUGCUGCCGAGUCGCCUGCCCCACCUCAUCGUCAUGCCCAGCAGCGGGAGCCACAGGCCCCCAGGACCUGGGCCACAGUGUCCAAGGUGGUGGGCUGGGCUCCACACGGGCUGGUGCUGCCCUGGGGGCCCGGGACCAGCUGCCCCACCUGGAGGUGGGGCCAGGGCUUCCCAGAUGGGCCUCUUCACGGCCCCAGUGGGGUCAGGGUAGGGUCAGGGUGUACCUCAGAGGGCCGCGUGCCGCUCAGCGGGGGGGCCUGGGACCUGCUCAGACUGGUCUCCCUGCUUGGAGCUCACCCACCUGACGCCAGGCCGUCACCUUGGGCUGUCCUCGGGCACCCUCUGUGAGCACCCGUUGUCUCUGGAGGUGGUGCAGGGCCUGCUUCUUGUCUGUGCACCGUCUAGCCUGUGCCCCUGGACAGUGAGUUCCUGCAAGUUCCCGGGGGCUGAGCCCUGGCUGUGCCCUGUGACCCAUCAGGGGCCUGGCACUACCCAGGGUCAGGAAACUGGCUUUUGGUGCUGUUCCCCAUACAGAGAGGUGAACUCGUCUGAGGGGUCCCCAGGGAGCACGGAGGCAGAGGGCUGAGUGGGUGUAUGUGAGGGCAGAGGGGGGUGGUGUCCAGACAAGGCCAUCUUCGGCCAGGCGCUGACCACCACAUGCGCUUGGCUGGUGCAUGGGAUGUGUGCCUAGGAAGUGAUGGGCGACAGUACAGUGAGGCUGCUGUGUGGGAAAGGCUGGGGUGCAGGUGAGGGGUCUCUGCUGGGGCUGCCCUGGGGCAUGGGGGGCACUCAAGGGGCCACAGUCACCGAUCUCACCCCCAGGAAUGGAGGGAGAGGAGCACACUGAGAAGGAGGCUGUUGAGAGCGUGGGGCGGGCUUGGGGUGGGCCGCACUGCCCUGAGGCGGGAGUGCUCAAGGCUCCGGGCCCCGGGCAGGGCCCGAGACCAGGAGACCUGGGGGGAUGGGCGCCAGCCUACCCUCUGCCCACAAGGCCUCCCUGUGUCCCUGUGCCUGAGCACUGGCCCCAGGAGCCCUGUGCUGGAGACCCCCGUGCCGCACCGCAGGGAGGGCAGCUGGCUGAGUCCUACAGAAAAAGACUCCGCACGGGGUGCUCUUGGUGCUUGUAUACACUUUGUGGUUUAUUUGAUGGUAAUUAAUGUCUUUGCUACUAAGUGGAAGAAAGCUAAUAGAACGUAAUCAAAAUAGUGGUUUAAUUGACAGACUUUACUUGUUCCAGGCACCUGUGCCUUCUUCAGCUCCUACCUGCCCACUCAGCUCACGAGAAGGCACGCCCCCGGGGCCUCCGCACCACUAGCUGCUCGCUUUCCCCACCUCGGCUCCGGGGAUGUGGUCUUUCCCCUUGGAGGUCUUGGCCA